UUCGUUCAUCUUCUCACAGACUACUCUCCGCCAUUUUUGUUAGCUGGUGUCGCAGAAGUGUUCGCUGUAGUCAGCCACGUUUUUCAUACCAUUAAGGUCUCUUUUGAAGGCGUUUGACUCGUUGAUAUCAACGAAGAUAGUCUGAGACAUCACAGUUUAAUUAUUAAGAUACUAAACUGCACAAGAAGAUGUCCGAGCAGGCUGAAACUACUACCGAGAAAGUAGGCCAGCAGCAGCAGACGCCACCACCGCAGCAGCAGCAGCAGCAGCAGCAGCAGCAACCGGCAGUAGAGGGUGCAGUGAAUGGGAAAGGAAAGCAUGAGUCCAAUUCGAGCAGGAAGGAGAGGCCCCAGAAGAGAGGUGGAGGCGGGCGCUUCGAACCCUAUGGGCAUGUGAACAAAAGAUACCGUGUCUUUGUCAGCAACAUCCCCUAUGAUGUGAAAUGGCAGGCCCUCAAAGAUCUGAUGAAAGAAAAAGUGGGUGAGGUAACGUACGUGGAACACUUAAUGGACGCAGAAGGCAAAUCGAGGGGUUGUGCUGUUGUUGAGUUUAGGACUGAGGAGCUAAUGAAGAAGGCAGUGGAGAAGGUCAACAAGCACAACUUUAAUGGUCGACCCCUAAAAGUGAAGGAGGACCCUGAUGGUGUGAUUGCUCAGAGAGAAAUCAACAAGUCUCAAGGCGGAGGCCCUCCAGGGGGCCAUGGUGGAAUGGGAGCAAUGGGUGGAAUGGGUGGAAUGGAUCGCAUGAACAUGGAUCGCAUGGGCCCUGGACCAAAUGGCCCAAUGGUCAAUAUUCCUCCAAGCUUGAUGAACAACCCCAACAUCCCCAAUGAGAUCAUCCAUGGUCUCCAGGCUGGCAGGAUUGGCAGCACCGUCUUUGUGGCUAAUCUUGACUACAAAGUGGGCUGGAAGAAGCUGAAGGAGGUUUUCGGCAUGGCAGGCAUGGUGGUGAGGGCCGACAUUCUGGAGGACAAGGAUGGGAAAAGCAGAGGCAUGGGCACAGUCACAUUUGACAUGCCCCUUGAAGCAGUCCAAGCUGUCUCUAUGUUCAACGGGCAGCUGUUGUUCAACAGAGUCAUGCACGUCAAACUGGAUGAGAAGUCCCUGCCCAAAGAUUUUGGACCUCCUGAGAGAGCCCCUGCUCUUCCCCGUGGCCUGAGUGGUAUUGGUUUGGGCCUGGGACCUGGUGGCCAGCCCAUUGAUGCUACCCAGCUCAACAGAGGAGGUGGUGGAGGGAUGGGCAACAUGGGAGAUAUGGGUGGAAUGGGCUUUGGCAACAUGGGAGGAGGCCGUAUGGGAGGAGGAGGUGGUGGUGGUGGCGGCGGAGCAGCAGGAGGAGGAAUGGACAACUUCGGAGGAAUGAACAACAUGGAUCGCUUCGGUUCUUCAGGGAUGGGCAGAAUGAAUGAGAUGGACCGUGGGAUUGGUGGUGCUUUUGACAGGGAGUUUGGGCGAAAUGAAAUGGGAAUGUCUCGCAAUAGUUUUGGAGAAUCCUUUGAAAGAGGAAUGGGAAACUCCUUGGGUAUGGACCGCAUGGGCUCUGGAAUGGACCGCCUUGGAGCUGGCAUGGAUCGUAUGGCGGGAAUGGACCGGAUGGGCAUGGAAAGGAUGGACCGUGUAUCUGACCUGGACAGGCUGGGUUCUGGGUUCGACCGGAUGGGCUCGGGGUUGGACCGGCUGGGGCCCAGUAUGGACAGGCUUGGACCUGGCCUGGACCGUAUGAGCUCCAGCAUGGACCGCCUCGGCCCAGCUGGGUUUGACCGCUUGGGCCCGUCUGGUUUGGAUCGCAUGGGUUCUAGCCUGGACUUUGGCUCCCCGAUGAAUAUGGAUCGCAUGGGCAACACCGGGAUCGACAGAAUGGCCAGCAGCUUUGACCGCCUCAGCAAUACUGGAGGAAUUGAUCGCUUCUCCUCUGGUGGCCUUGACCGUAUGAGCUCUGGCAUGGAUCGGAUGGGUUCCGGAGGCGCUGGAGGUCAGUUUGAUCGCUCUGCAGACAUGGAUCGCGGAUUUGGUGGCAAUUCCUUUGGAGGAGCUGGAGGGCCUGGAGCUGGUGGAAAUAACAUCAGGAAGGGAUGCCAGAUCUUUGUCAGAAAUCUGCCAUUUGACUUCACAUGGAAGAUGCUCAAGGAUACUUUCAAUACAUGCGGCAUGGUUCAGUAUGCUGACAUCAAGAUGGAGAACGGCAAGUCCAAGGGCUGUGGUGUGGUUCGCUUCGACAACCCUGAAACCGCUGAGCGUGUCUGCCGGACCAUGAAUGGCUAUCGGCUGAAUGGAAGAGAAAUUGAUGUUAGGAUUGAUAGGAAUGCAUAAGCGAUUUAUCUGCUUCACAUCUGACAUUUCAUUUAGUCUGUGAUGUCAAAAUGAUCUGUAUCAUCUGAAUUGCCCUUCAGCAUAACAUAAUUCAGUUGGUUUGUUUAGAUAUUCGUCACGGUGAAAACAUGUUUUAGUUUAGUAAUUUGUAACAGUGAAUGUGUUUUAGUUAUUGAUCAAAUUUUACUUUUUUAGAGACCAAAUUUUUAAUUUUUUUUUUCUGUCAUGCUCACUUGUCAUUGCCUUUUGUUCUAUAAGGUGUUUUGAUAAAUAAACAUCAAUAUUUGAAA